AUGACAGAGGUCAAAUGCAUACGGCAAAUGUUGCAACAACGUCAUGAUGUGUUUGAAGCCACGCAAGGCACAACUAAGUCCGAUGUUAUUACAAGUGAGCUUGUGAUUCCUCAACUGUUUGUUUUUAUAUGGGUACUUAUCAAUGGUUAUGUGAGCUGCCAAAGGCCUGCUGUUGUGAAUUUAGGUGCACUUUUCACUUUUGAUUCGGUUAUUGGUAAAGCUGCAAAGCCAGCUAUUGAAGCUGCGGUGUCUGAUGUUAACAAUGAUAGCAGAAUUCUCAAUGGGACUAAACUGAAUCUGCUAAUGGAUGAUGCAAAUUCUAGUGUCUUCUUGGGGUCUGUUGGAGCUUUUCAGCUGCUGGAGGAAGAAGUAGUGGCCAUAAUAGGUCCUCAGUCUUCCGUAAUAGCCCAUAUGAUUUCUGCAAUUGCAAAUGGUCUCCAAGUGCCUCUUGUUUCAUAUGCUGCAACUGAUCCAACUCUGUCUGCCCUCCAAUUCCCCUUUUUCGUAAGAACAACUCAAAGCGACUCUUAUCAGAUGGCUGCCAUGGCUGAUUUAGUUGACUUUUUUAGGUGGAAAGAGGUCAUCGCUAUCACGAUUGAUGAUGAAUAUGGGAGGAAUGGGAUAGCAGCUCUGGGAGAAGAGCUGAACAAGAAUAUGGCAAAAAUUUCAUACAAGUUGUUUUUGUCUAACCAAUUCGAUGAAAGCGAGGUCAUGGAUAAACUCAACAAAUCUAAAUUGCUUGGUCCUCGUGUUUAUGUUGUUCAUGUUAGUCAAGACCCCAGAUUGGGAAUCUUUACCAUUGCCCAAAAACUUCAGAUGAUGACCGACGAUUACACAUGGCUUGCAACAGAUUGGCUUUCUGCUACCUUAGAAUCGCUCCCUCCAACAAACAAAACUUCACUUGGUGUCCUCCAAGGGGUAGUUGGGCUUCGUCAGCAUACUCCAGAAUCCAGCCGGAAGAGAGCUUUCAUGUCCAGGUGGAAGGGAAUGCAGCGAAAAGGAUCAGCAAGUUCUGAGUUGAAUACAUAUGGACUUCAAGCUUAUGAUACAGUUUGGAUAGUUGCUUAUGCUAUCGACAAGUUCCUUGAUGUACACAAAAAUAUCACGUUUUCUUCCGCUAGCAAGUUACUUGAUAUGAAAACAUCUGGAUUGCUGAUUGAGAAGCUCAAAGUCUUCACUGGCGGAAAUGAUCUACUUAACAUUAUAUUGCAGACAAAUUUCACUGGUCUAAGCGGUCAAGUUCAAUUUAAUCAAGAUCGAAAUGUUUUCAGUGGUGGCUAUGAUGUCAUUAACAUCGACCAAGUGUCUAUUCGUACAGUGGGUUAUUGGUCUAAUGUUUCAGGUUUCUCACUCUCACCCCCAGAUUCCCAGAAAGGGGAACGAAAUAGCUAUUCUCGCAUAGAUCAGAGGCUUCAAAAUAUUACCUGGCCUGGUGGAAAGACUGAAAGGCCACGUGGUUGGGUAGUUGCCGUGGACGAAAGGCCAUUGCGAAUUGGAGUGCCUAACAGAGCCAGUUUUGUUGAGUUUGUUACUGAAGUACAUGAUAGCCAUAAAAUUGAAGGGUAUUGCAUGGAUGUGUUCCUCAAGGCUCUGGAACUAGUCCCAUAUGACGUACCUUACAUCUUCGAGCCUUUUGGGGAUGGUCGGUCCAAUCCCAAAUAUGAUAAUCUUGUAAAUAUGGUGGCAGCAGACGUGUUUGAUGCAGCUGUUGGGGACAUUGCUAUCGUGACAAACAGAACCAAGAUAGUGGAUUUCUCCCAGCCUUAUGCUUCUACUGGUCUUGUCAUUGUGGCUCCAAUCCACAAUUCAAAAUCAAGCGCCUGGGUAUUUCUUAAACCAUUUACAGUGGAGAUGUGGUGUGUCACAGCAGCUUCUUUUUUGAUGAUUGGAGUGGUUAUCUGGAUUCUUGAGCAUCGUGUAAACGAUGAUUUCAGGGGUCCUCCUAAGAGACAGCUUGUGACGAUGUUCAUGUUCAGUUUCUCAACACUUUUCAAGACAAAUCAAGAAACUACCAUAAGUCCACUUGGACGGCUGGUGAUGGUGGUAUGGCUUUUCCUUUUGAUGGUUGUAACCGCAAGCUAUACAGCAAGCUUGACUUCAAUCCUUACAGUUCAGCAGCUUUCCUCACCAAUCACCGGAAUCGAUAGCUUGAUUGCAAGCCAUUGGCCCAUUGGGUACCAAACAGGCUCAUUUGCUUAUGACUAUUUAUCAAACGAUCUUUACAUACCUCGUUCUAGACUUGUUUCUUUAGGCUCCCCAGAAGAGUUUGAAAGUGCAUUGCGGCGAGGGCCAAGUGAUGGAGGGGUGGCAGCUGUUGUGGAUGAGCUUCCAUAUGUAGAGUUGUUUCUUUCAAAGUACAAGGAUUUUGGGAUCAUUGGGCAACCAUUUACCAGGGGUGGAUGGGGAUUUGCUUUUCAAAGAGAAUCUCCUCUUGCUGUUGAUAUUUCUACAGCAAUUUUGAAACUUUCUGAGAGUGGGGAGCUGCAGAAGAUUCAUGAGAAAUGGUUCUGUCCUAUGGGAUAUUGUCAUGUAGAGAAAAAACACAGGAACGAGCCUAAUCAACUCAAUCUGGACAGCUUCUGGGGUCUAUACCUUCUAUGUGGUGCCAUCAGUCUCACUGCCCUUCUUGUGUUUCUGCUACGAAUGGUUCGCCAAUUUGUGCGCUACAAACGUAGACAGUUGCACCCUUCCUCUCCAUCCUCAAUGUCAUCAAGUGCCCGCUGUUCUCAGGUCAUCUUUCAUUUUUUUGACUUCAUCGAUGAGAAAGAAGAAGCUAUCAAGAAAAUGUUUAGUCAGGGUGAAAAUCCUCAGACUCGAGCUAGCUUUUUUGCUGUUGCAGCUGUACUGGACAAGUGUGUUCGCUACGGGAUAAAAAGUGUUGCUAAAAUGCCAGCAUUGAUAUCGCAAUGCCUAUAA